GGUCCAUUCUUGUUCGAGAUAUCGUGCUAACGACAGACAGGCGGAUAGACGGACAGACACCUACUCCAUAUAAAUAUAUUACAAUAAGUACCUGACUUUUUUAUAGAUGUAAUUUUUCGAAAAGCGAAAUCUUCAGUACCUAGUGUACUCAUUUCAAGUUUGAUUAAUGUCUUUAAAAACUCGGUCAAAAUUAAAUGGAUGACAAUUGCUACUACUAAAUGUACCGUCUACCGUCUAUACAUUGUAGUAAUUAGUAGUAUAGCUAUUGGAAUUUUAGAAGCAAUCGAAGCAGAAAGUAUUCUUAUAACAUUGUUUAAAGUUCCGUUGCAUAUAGAAAAUAAAAGUAAUAACAUGAUGUUAAAAAAAGUUUAAUUUCAAAAGUGCAAACACGUUAAAAUGAUAUUUAAGCGAAAUGAUCAUUACCACGCUUUUGCAAUAAAGAUAAUAAGCAACCGGUAUAAGUACUAGUUUCAUGUUGGUCACUGGGGCAACUCCAACUGUCUAUUCAUGCAAAGAACUUAAGCAGUUGAUAUACCGGAGUUGUAUCUCCAAGUAGACAUAAAUUUCAAUUUACGCUUUAAUAACAAAGUAAAUGUAUGUAAUUUGUUUACGUUUAACGGAAAAAAAUCGGCGACGUUGACGUUAAUACUAAUCAGUCUGAUGCACAUAGUUAGGUAGUGUUAUUUCGCUCUUCGGACAACUAGCAGGGAUCCUCGCGGUUUAAACUUUCAGUGUUUGUGUUAUGCGCGAAUAUAAAUAAGCGUGAUAAUGCGCUCGAACGUUUGUUUCGCAAUUUUGUUAUUCAAUGUUCUUCAAAUUGUGCUGGCAGAAGAAUCUGCCCACUAUCUACAACGGGCGAUUUGGAAUUUGGAAAAUAAAGUAAACGAAAAUCACGCCAAGCGUCGUCUGGACACUUUGCAUUUAAAACCAUCCAAUGUGAAGAUAAAGAAGAACCCCAAAAUACCCGCGUUGUCCUUAACAAAAGGGGAACUUUCCUCACUCUAUGAGGCAGCUGUCGCCAAUAAUCAAUUUAUUCAAUCGGAUGAUCCAAGCAAUCCAUACUCCAACACUGUUAUUCAUGAACUGAAAGACCACGAACCAAAAGGGACUUCGAAAACCGAAGAACACGAUGGAUAUUAUUACUAUUACUACCCAAUUAGCAGCUUUUUGGAUGGUACUGCUGCUCACAGUCACGUAAUACCAUCAGAACCUCAAUACGUCGAACCUGACAGUCACAACGCACAAUACCAUGCCCACACACAUCAACAUAACGUGCAUAUAUCGACAACCAAAAGUCCAGCGUACGACAAAAAGCGAGUUAUGGAACCCUUAUUCAUGGCAUUAUCAAGUUUCAUCGGCAUGGCCGUCAUGUUCGUGUUAUCAAUAAUCUUCCUUCCGAAAUUUGGCGGAACGAAAUCUCGAGGUGUGAAAGGAUCCGAAGAGGAAAUGAACAACUUUGCUCAUGUGAUCUUGCAAGCCAUCGAAGGUGACGAUUGUUCGGAUAGAGUCGUCUGCGAGUUUGGUAAAGUGGCCAGAGCCUUUAAUAUCCACAACAAUCGGUUUUUUAAGUUGUUUAGACGUCUGUCUCCCAAAAAAAUCGGAUGGUAUGUUAAUAGAAUAGAGAAAUAUUCCGAUAAAAAUAUUAAGUGUUCCACCAUACCUUGUAAAGGGAAAAAUAAUACCAAAGUGAAAAGACAUAAGAAAUAAUUUUAUGUAGUCAAUUGUAGUUUAAGUUAUUUAUUUGUUAUUUAUUAGUUUAUUUAUUUUUUGUAGAUUUAAGGUUGUGAUUCCUUUAUGUAGGUGCAAUAAAAGAACUGCAGGUUG